AUGAGCUCUGUGGUUUUUAACGUAGAGAAGCAGAGGAAGCUGAAGGAGGUGAAGGAGGUGAAGGAGGUGAAGGAGGUGAAGAAGGUGAAGAAGGUGAAGGAGGUGAAGGAGGUGAAGAAGGUGAAAGAGGUGAAGGAGGUGAAGGAGGUGAAGGAGGUGAAGAAGGUGAAGGAGGUGAAGAAGGUGAAGGAGGUGAAGAAGGUGAAGGAGGUGAAGGAGGUGAAGGAGGUGAAGAAGGUGAAGAAGGUGAAGAAGGUGAAGGAGGUGAAGGAGGUGAAGAAGGUGAAGGAGGUGAAGGAGGUGAAGGAGGUGAAGGAGGUGAAGAAGGUGAAGGAGGUGAAGGAGGUGAAGGAGGUGAAGGAGGUGAAGAAGGUGAAGGAGGAGGUGAAGGAGGUGAAGAAGGUGAAGGAGGUGAAGGAGGUGAAAGAGGUGAAGGAGGUGAAGGAGGUGAAGGAGGUGAAGAAGGUGAAGGAGGUGAAGAAGGUGAAGGAGGUGAAGAAGGUGAAGGAGGUGAAGGAGGUGAAGGAGGUGAAGAAGGUGAAGAAGGUGAAGGAGGUGAAGGAGGUGAAGAAGGUGAAGGAGGUGAAGGAGGUGAAGGAGGUGAAGGAGGUGAAGGAGGUGAAGGAGGUGAAGGAGGUGAAGGAGGUGAAGGAGGUGAAGGAGGUGAAGAAGGUGAAGGAGGUGAAGGAGGUGAAGGAGGAGGUGAAGAAGGUGAAGGAGGUGAAGGAGGUGAAGGAGGUGAAGGAGGUGAAGAAGGUGAAGGAGGUGAAGAAGGUGAAGGAGGUGAAGGAGGUGAAGGAGGUGAAGGAGGUGAAUGAGGUGAAGGAGGUGAAGGAGGUGAAGAAGGUGAAGGAGGUGAAGGAGGUGAAGGAGGUGAAGGAGGUGAAGGAGGUGAAGAAGGUGAAGGAGGUGAAGAAGGUGAAGGAGGUGAAGAAGGUGAAGGAGGUGAAGGAGGUGAAGGAGGUGAAGGAGGUGAAGAAGGUGAAGGAGGUGAAGAAGGUGAAGGAGGUGAAGGAGGUGAAGGAGGUGAAGAAGGUGAAGGAGGUGAAGAAGUUGAAGGAGGUGAAGGAGGUGAAGGAGGUGAAGGAGGUGAAGGAGGUGAAGGAGGUGAAGGAGGUGAAGGAGGUGAAGGAGGUGAAGGAGGUGAAGGAGGUGAAGAAGGUGAAGGAGGUGAAGAAGUUGAAGGAGGUGAAGGAGGUGAAGGAGGUGAAGGAGGUGAAGAAGGUGAAGGAGGUGAAGGAGGUGAAGGAGGUGAAGGAGGUGAAGGAGGUGAAGAAGGUGAAGGAGGUGAAGGAGGUGAAGGAGGUGAAGGAGGUGAAGGAGGUGAAGGAGGUGAAGGAGGUGAAGAAGGUGAAGGAGGUGAAGGAGGUGAAGGAGGUGAAGGAGGUGAAGGAGGUGAAGGAGGUGAAGGAGGUGAAGGAGGUGAAGGAGGUGAAGGAGGUGAAGGAGGUGAAGAAGGUGAAGGAGGUGAAGGAGGUGAAGGAGGUGAAGGAGGUGAAGAAGGUGAAGGAGGUGAAGGAGGUGAAGGAGGUGAAGAAGGUGAAGGAGGUGAAGGAGGUGAAGAAGGUGAAGGAGGCGUAG